AUGGCAAAUGAACAACGGACUACUCCCACAAUGCACCGGGGCAGCCACCGAGGGAGGAGGGGGGGUAGAGCGGGCGGGGGAGGAAGAGGGAAAGAGAGCGGGAGGCCGAACAGCUGCCAGGCGUGGAGUGCUCUCUGCAAAUCUUUCCAGGUGACCAUGUCUCCACGUGCCAGGCAAUCCCCAGUAUGGAGCAAUGGCGAGGUGCUGGACCUCAUCAGUGUUUGGGGAGAGGAAGCUGUCCAGUCCCAGCUGCGCUCCAGCCACAGGAAUUAUGAUAUCUUCAGGCAGAUAUCAAGGGCCAUGCUGGAAAGGGGCCAUGACCAGGACGCACUGCAGUGCAGGGUUAAAGUGAAGGAGCUGCGGAAUGCAAACAGCCACUCCAGUGCUGCCGCCGCGACCUGCCAUUUUUACAAAGAGCUGGACGCAAUACUUGGGGGCGAUCCCACCUCCAUGCCAAGUACCACCAUGAACACCUCAGAGGCCAGUGCAGCAAGGCAGGAGGAGCAGCAAAGCGGGAGCGAGGGUGCUCCGGCAGAGGAAGACACCCCGGAAUCCCUAGAUGCAUGCAGCCAGGAGCUGUCCUCAAGCCAGGAGGAAGGUAGCCAGUCACGGUGGCCAGUGCUUGGGGAAGGACAAACAGCAGAGGAGGUUCCUGAUGCAACCUUGAGAUCUCAGCCGUCCAUGUUAUCAACGGCCGAGAGGCUGCAAAGAAUAAGGAAGAAGCCACGUAGAAGCAAAGAGGACAUGCUGCAUGAGGUCAUACAGCAUUCAACUAAUGAAAAUAAAAACGUGCAGGAGUGGCAGGAGAGUGAAAGGAGGGUCUGCCAGCAGAAUGCGGAUUGCCAGCACCAAAGCACAGAGUGGCUGAUAAGCAUCAUGGAGCGCCAAGCAGACUCGAUCCAGGUGCUCGUAGCCAUGCAGGCAGAGCACUACCGCGCCCGCCCCCCCCCGGCAGCACUUGUCCCGAAACUGUUUCCCUUGUGCCACCAUGUCACUUCCAAAACACUUUCCCCAACAUCCAGGUUCUUACCGCCACCUGCUGCCUCCAACACCUGUUGCUUCACCACCCAGCCCGGAAAAAUACGACCCUUACCCACUGCACUCAACCCCCAUCACCAUGCAGUACAGCCACCCUGAAAUGCAGCACGCAUUGCACAGAACUCCAGACAGGACAUACGCAAAUCUCUGAUUGUACCGUUCCCCACCCCAUCCUCUUGCCCUUUGUGUUUCCCAAGCAGUUGUGUUGUGUUUCUUUUCAAUAAAUUGAUUUUUUGGCUU